AUGACCUCCACCAGCAUACGUACGAGCUCGAUGCGUAUCGCACAGCCUCAACAGCCGCCAUCGCAGCACGACGAAAACGCCAUGCCUUCGUCCUUCUGUUCGAGCCAGGUUGCUGCCACAGCUUCCACUUUCGGCUCGAUGGGCCGAACACGCUCGCCCUCCAAGUUACCCACGCUCAGUGACAUUGCUGCUCGAUUGAACCGCGAUAAAGAGUCCAUCAACCCCAACAGCGGCUCACCAAUCAAGCCACACAGGCUGGAACUCACCGGAAGGAUUGCCAAUUCACCCAAAAUGCCACAGCUUUAUGAUCGCAAGGCUGCUGUCUUGUCAACUUCGCCGUCAAAGAUGUCCUCGCCUGCAGACACCCAGCACAAGCACGAAAAGGCGACAGUGUGUUCGUCGCCUCCUAAAGUUCCAUCUUCAGGCACAAGUUCUCCGAACAAGCGCAUGCUUGCAAAGGGCCUACCCAGCCUCGAAGAGAUCCGAGAUCGAAUGUCGAAAAAGGGUCUGGCUGCUGGGAGCGACCAGACGAGCCCUGAACUUGCAUCAACUCCGUCGUCGCCCAGCAAGGUCCCCGCUGCCGAGGACAGGAGCGUACAAUCUGAGUCCAAACCGUCUCCCGUUCAGGCUCUUGUAGCUCACCCGGUCAAGGUAGAGUCGAAUCCAACGACUUCAGACGCGUCCAAGUCCGCUUCCAGGGUCGCGGCGAGGAGUCUCAGCAUUGCCCCGACGGUCAAGCUCACCCAUCCUCUCCCUCCAUCUCCGGCCGCGAAGCCCGCUUGUCAUCCACUUCAGCACGAAUGGACGCUGUUCUUCGACUGCCGUACAGCCGGUGCACCUUCUACACCUACGUUCGCACCUAAUUGCCGCCCACUGUCCCUGCCUCACACCCCCACGCAAGCCGCCUCCACAUGGGAGGCCAACCUUCGCACCAUCGGCACCUAUCCUUCCGUCGAAACCUUCCUCUCGUGCUUCGCUCAAUUGCGUCGUCCAUCGCAGCUUGAGCGACACUCUACCUACCACUGCUUCAAAGAUGGUAUCAAGCCCAUGUGGGAAGACACCCGCAACGCUCAAGGUGGUAAGUGGACGUUGACCUUCCGUCAUCGUCACCCGGCGUUGGUCGAUCGCAGCUGGCUGUGGCUGGUGUUGGGAUUGAUCGGAGAGGAUAUGGACGAGGCGGAUGAGACGUGUGGUGCAGUUUGUAGCGCCAGGCCGAGGGGUGAUCGCAUUUCGCUCUGGGUGAGAGAUCGAAGUGAUGUCGAAAAGGUCAACCGCAUCGGAAGAAAAAUGAUCUCGCUGCUCGGAGUGGAGAACGAACCAGGGAUCUCGUUGGAGUUCAGCGCGCAUUCGGAACGAUCAGAUGAGCUCAAGUGCGAGCGACUCUACAGCUUGCACAACCCAAUGCAGAUGGCGAGGACUCCGACGAUGAGCACCUUUGGCGAUAGUGCCAAGCUAGCAUCCAGCGCUGUUGACAGCCCGCCUUCUCCCCGGGCAAAGACUCGCACAUCCACCAGUCCAACUCCCAACAACUCCUCGUCAUCGGAACCGUACGCUAGGUUGACCGGUCAAACUCCUCAGAAUACCGUCGGUGGCGGGAUGUUUCGCAGUCGUUCACCCGCUAUGCCCUCUUGCUCCACGGCGGGUCUACCAACACCUCCGCCAACCGGCGCAAUCGGCGCACUCGGACACUCACUUGGACUUGGACUCGGACUAGGUUUAGGCGGCAACAAUACUCCGGCAGCCAACACAAACGACGCAAAGGCGGGCAUGUCGCCCCUAUCUCAGCAAUCUAGCGAGACUAGCGCUUUCAGUUGGAGAACGAACACCGCAAAUCGUACUCUGAGUCCUCAACGCAAGAAAGGGACGACGGAUGGAAUGAGGUCGAGAAGCACUUCGCCUUUCAAAGCAUAA